GUCAGGCCCUAGGAAGGCGAGGUCCGGGCUGCAUGCAGAGCUGAGAGCAGAGAGCUGAGGACUCCCAUCUCCAGCCUGCCCGGGUGAAGCGCGGCCUGGGGUGUGCUGGCUGCCGUCAUGCCCUCUGUGUCUCCAGCGGGGCCCUCGGCCGGGGCAGUCCCCAAUGCCACCACAGUGACAACAGUGUGGACCAAUGCCAGCGGGCUGGAGGUGCCCCUGUUCCACCUGUUUGCCCGGCUGGACGAGGAGCUGCAUGGCGCCUUCCCAGGCCUGUGGCUGGCGCUGAUGGCGGUGCACGGAGCCAUCUUCCUGGUGGGGCUGGUGCUCAACGGGCUGGCGCUGUACGUCUUCUGCUGCCGCACCCGGGCCAAGACACCCUCAGUCAUCUACACCAUCAACCUGGUGGUGACCGAUCUGCUGGUAGGGCUGUCCCUGCCCACGCGCUUCGCUGUGUACUACGGCGCCAGGGGCUGCCUGCACUGCGCCUUCCCGCACGUCCUCGGUUACUUCCUCAACAUGCACUGCUCCAUCCUCUUCCUCACCUGCAUCUGCGUGGACCGCUACCUGGCCAUUGUGCGGCCCGAAGGCUCCCGCCGCUGCCGCCAGCCUGCCUGUGCCAGGGCCGUGUGCGCCUUCGUGUGGCUGGCCGCCGGUGCCGUGACCCUGUCGGUGCUGGGCGUGACAGGCAGCCGGCCCUGCUGCCGUGUCUUUGCGCUGACCGUCCUGGAGUUCCUGCUGCCUCUGCUGGUCAUCAGCGUGUUCACCGGCCGCAUCAUGUGUGCACUGUCGCGGCCAGGUCUGCUCCGCCAGGGUCGCCAGCGCCGCGUGCGGGCCAUGCAGCUGCUGCUCACGGUGCUCAUCAUCUUUCUCGUCUGCUUCACGCCCUUCCAUGCCCGCCAGGUGGCCGUGGCGCUGUGGCCCGACAUGCCACACCACGUGAGCCUCGUGGUCUACCACGUGGCCGUGACCCUCAGCAGCCUCAACAGCUGCAUGGACCCCAUCGUCUACUGCUUCGUCACCAGUGGCUUCCAGGCCACCGUCCGAGGCCUCUUCGGCCAGCACGGAGGAGAGUGUGAGCCCAGCAGCGGUGACGUGGUCAGCAUGCACAGGAGCUCCAAGGGCUCAGGCCGUCCUCACAUCCUCAGCGCCAGCCCUCACGCCCUCACCCAGGCCCUGGCUAAUGGGCCCGAGGCUUAGUCAGCAGGGCUCUGCCAGGGGCCGAAGGUCAGGGCUCAUCUGGGCAUGCCAGCGUGGAUACCCACCAUGCCAGGGGUGGCAAUCGGUUUCAUCUCGAUUGAUUGGUGAUGGCUACCCAGAGCACAGCAUUGAGAGUCUAAGGCCACUGUGCUGUGGUUGAUUAGCAAUGUCUGCCACUGACUCCAGAUGGGAUGUGGUGGCCUGAAUGCCAGUGAUUUGCUGUUCCUGGGGUAUAGCGCAUCCACUGAAAACUCACAGGGGUAGCCAGGAGCUGCUCCUCACUUUGGCCAGUUUGUCUCCGGAAGGAGGUUUCUCAGAAAAAAGGACAAGGUGGAUUCCAUUGAUUAGAAGGAUGAGAUGAAAAAGAAAAAAGAAAAAAGGACAAAGAUUAUUUAGGUGCUGGGAAUUCCCAAGAGAGUUAAGAAACAACCUGAAUUCCCAAGAGAGUUAACAACAACAAUGCUCCCUCCAUCACACACACAGGAGGAAGGACAAGGACAGAAAGAAAAGGCCAGGGAGCAUUCGUGUUGCAUUAAUGGAGGUGGCGGGGGGUGCAUGUCUCUGCAAGACCCCCCCACCUGAGGCCUCCAUGAAUUGCACGAUAAAACAGCAGACACCCACGGGCCGCUCUGCUGUGAGCAAGCACUUUGAGAUCUGGGUUGACACUUGAACCCACAACAACCCACAAAGGAGAGGCUAUUUUUCAUCCAUUUCUUGGGGCUGGUGGGGUCCAGUGACACACACAGGGGCCACAGCUGGGAAAUGGCAGGGUCAGAAUGAAAACCAGCCCCACCUCCUCCAGUGCCCUUGCACCUCCUUCCACAGAGAGUGCACGAUCUUCCCAAAGCCCCCACUCUAGGAAUGGCCUCAGAACGGCUUGCCUGCUGCCCCAGGCAGAGGCAGCGCUCACGGCCCCAUCCUAUGGAUAAGAAAACCAAGAACAAAGUCACGCAGCAGUGAACCCAGGCAUGCCGGGUUGUGGCCGCCAUCUCCCCAUGCAAACAGCCAUUUUCCUCCCCUCCGGGGACAGAGAAGACGUGACCAGCUGCUCUGGCCCAGCUCACUAUGCAUCCCCAUGCCUUCACUAGGGAGGGAGCCUUUCUCUGGCUGGGGCCUCUGAUCAUCUCCUCGGAGCUGGACGCCAGGAUUUCCUCCCACGUGCCUUCUGCCAAGUGUCCAAGCUCCCAGCCCCUUCAGGACUGGUAUAUGGGGAAGGGGGCCUGUGGUGAGGAAGAGGAGUGUGGGACAUCCCUGGCACUUCCAGCUCCGAGGCCCUGCCAUCAGACCUGGCCAUAGCCACUGAAGCAGGCGAGAUGGGCUCAGGUCCUCAGGCCAGGCCUUUGGCUACAGAGAAGUCCUACACACUCAGGGUGACCAUGGCCUGUGUGGCUGGGAGCAGGAGGGGGAGGAGGAGGAAAAGGCUGGGGCUCCCCGAUUAGGCUUGAGGCAGAGUCUCCUGUCCCCAGUUUAGGGUCCUGGACUUUAUCUCCCCAUGUUACAAAUGAGGAAACUGAGGCUCAGAGGGAGAAAGGGGCUUGCCAAGCUCAUAGAGUGAGUGCCUGAGUCAUCCAAGGCCAGUAUUGUCCUCACCAACCCCAACUGUGGCCAUGUGGGGCAGCUGGGGUGGGGGGCGCCGGCCCAGAGGAGGCAGAGGCAUGCCCAGUAAGGUGGUGGAACUGGGAGUGCUGCCGGGGUACUUCCUCCCUGGGUCCAGAUGCUCGAGAAGCAGUGGGUAUCACCAUGGCCACCAGCAUUCUUGAUACUUACCAGGCACCAGACACAAUUCUGGAACCUUCCCCCAGCCCCCAGGUCUCGGGCGCUGCUCAGAGAGGGGCUGUGGCUUACUAGGGAUGCAGGGUUCCACAAGGUGGAGGGGUCCAGCUUUCAGGAAAGGACGCGGCUGGGGGACAGGGCUGUGCAUGCAGAAAAACCCCGCUGACCACAGGAGCAGCCUUCACAGCGGCUUUCAGGCAAGCAGGCACCAACAGCGAGCGAGCCAUCAUUCCCAGGGCUGCGAGCCGGCACCCACGUGGUCACACGUCUGGAGCUGAGGAGUGAGGGGUCAGGGCUCAGGUGUCCUGCCCAGCCCAAGCCAUGAGCCUCUUCCAGGCUCAUGUGGCCCAACAGUCCCUGAACGGCCUUGCUUCUCUGGGACCCCUCCACCCACGCUCACAAGUCAUCCAGGGCCAGGGACUCUGGACCCCACUCCUCCAGGGGCUGUGGGUCCUCUUGCUCCAUCUUAGGGGGUGCCCAAAGCCCCAGAGACUACCUGCCGGCUCCCACUCCCACCCCUCAAACAAGCUCUGCACGUGGCCUGGAGUAUGAUACCCCUCUGCCCUUGGUCCCGCACUGUACUGUGAAGACCCCUCCAGGCCGGGGCUGCAAGGAGGCAGGGGCCAGCGGGAACGAGUGCUAAGGCGAGGGGGAAUGGCCUGGGCAAAGGUGAGGCCGAGUGCCCACCUCGCUGGGGCCAGUGAAGGGCCUUCCAUGAAGCUUCCCGGCCCCUCCCCCCCAGUCUUCCCUGCCCCUCCCCCGCCAGUCUUCCCUGCCCCUCCUCCACCAGUGUUACCUGCCCCUCGGGCCUUUGGCCUCCCCAUCAGUGAUCCGCAGCCUGGCUCCAUUCCUGGUUGUCACUCUAAUUCACGCUAAAGAGUGAAUGGCUGACACUCAAGGAUUGCUGUGCUUGAAGAGGCAGGGCUUGCAAUUUUUCUGGAACAAUCCCUUUCUUCAGGAGGAGGGGUCUCUAAGGCAGGUGAGCCAGGUCCCCCUCCUUGUCCCCAAGUCUGAAAUCCCAUCAUUCAACUUGGGUUCCUCGGGCCUCAGAGGCUUCUCAGAUUGUAAGAGGCCGGGAGGGGAAGGAAUCCUGUCCGAAGCAGGUGCGUCCGCUACCACUCAUGCUGGAGAGGACGGGCUGCCUGUCUUCUGUGGCCAGGGACACAGGCUUGGGUCCCAUCCUCAGACCUCUGAGAACUGCUUGCCAGGCCCCCAUGCAGAACCCUUGAUAGGCAAGCCUCAGUUUCUCCACACCCCACUCCUCUUUCUCCUCUCCUCAGCCUUAUAGCUGGAGGGCAGGGGGCUGGGGGAGGGGGGUCACCCUAAUGCCCUGGACUGGGCCCCACAACUCCUCCAGGGGCUUGCUUCCUCCUCCUGAUGGCCAGCUCCUUCCCACUUCAGCCUCCUCUGUGGGCACCGAAGCCCAGGAGCUUCAAAAGUCAGACCAAGGCUGUCCUUGGUCCCACGGGGGCAGAGGUGAGCUCUGUGCGCGCCCCCUCUCCACACUCUCACGGGGACAGGGCAUGAGAUCUUUGUGCCCCCUCCCCAUGAUCUCCCUUUCCAGAUUUUCAAAACGCCCAAGUGACGUGAAAUGGUGUGUGUAUUUAUAUCCGACGUAAACAAUCUCCUUCACGAGAUGUCCUCGUCUGGAAUUAAAGUUGUUUAUUCUA